AGGCCCAGUUCAGGAAGCAGGAUGGGAGGAGGAGGAGGAGGAGGAGGAGGAAGAGGAAGAUAAACAUCACACAGGCGGUUUGGAGGAGGGGAAACUGGGAGGCGCAGCGUCCAUCAGCAGCUCCACCGAACCAGAACCAGCAUUAAAGGUAAGACCGAGCCGGAACACGCGCGUUUCUCCUCAUGGUUCUGUUAGAGGAGCAGCCGGAGGAGACGAGCUGAAAUGGGGGAGUCCCAGUCCCGGUCAGUGAUGCUUCACCAUCAGGACCAGCAUCUGGACCCGGGCCAUGAUGGUACCACAAACAUCUCCUCGCUUCAGAACAAAGACAACAACUUCAACUUCCUGCCAGGAGAAGUGGGCCGAAGCUUCACGGGGAAGAGAGGAAGAGGAGAUGAGAAGUGGAACCAGGGCCGUCCCCGGAACCUGACCCUGGGACGGGACACGUCCAGCUCUGCUCCCUCCGGGUUUCACUCGGGAAUCUUGUCCCCCCGCUCCCGCCUGCCCUGCUGGAGCCCCCUGGAGCCUCUUCCUGAAAUAGAGAGUGGCGAUGACGGGUACGGUCGGGUUCCGCCCGACGGCGCUGAGGAGCAGAGGAUGGAGGAGGAGGGGAGGGAGGAGCAGGAAGACGUGGAUGAUGAGUGGGGGGACAGCGACUCGGACUCGGAGGUCAGCUGCGGGUCCGGAGGAAGCCAGGUCUCCCUCAACAUGGAGAGUGGGGGGGAGGCCGUGGGGGGGUGGGGCAGGGUCGGCGUCGGAGAACCCACAUCAAAGCAGGAGGAAGGAGAACCCACCAGAACCAGGAGGGAUGUUCCUGCAGCACCCGAGCGUUGUGGCCACAAACCACUGACAGGAAGUGAGCUGCAGGAGCAGCGUAACCACGACGACCAGUCCUCAGACUCCGACGGAGAGCUGCCAGAGCUGAUGGACGCCGUGUGGACCCUGAGGGACCGCGAGCGCUUCAAGGCUCAGGAGAUGGAGAAGCACCAGGUGCAGCUGACCAUGUACCGGCGUCUGGCACUGAUCCGUUGGGUCCGCACGCUGCAGAACCGGGUCCAGGAGCAGCAGAACCGCCUGCAGUCCAGCUUCGACGUCAUUCUGACUCACAGGAAGGAGCUUCUGCGGAUGGGAGCUGGCACCGUCAGUCAGUCCUAACGAAGUGUGCAGAGCGGCGUGCAGCCUCGGCCAUCUUGUUGCUGAUUGUUCCCGGGCCAAACCCAUCUGUGUUCCAGAACCGAGCCAACCCGACCCGAGCUGUCUCGGACUCUUUAGUUGUUUGUGUUUUCCACUCAGCUGAUUUACCUGUGGCCACCUGACAGGGUGGAAGUGACAUCACCGAAUAAACAUCAUGCCCAACUCUC